AUAGCAGCUUUAAGAUGUUAUCGUUUAAACUAUUUUAACUUCCGCUUUUAACAACGUGUCUCAUGUUUUAUUUUACAAUAUAAAUAAAAUAUAAAUAUUGGAUAUAUAAUAUAAUUAUGACGGAAUAUGCUUUCUUGGUAUUAAUCGUUUUGAUGAAAACUUUGGUUUCCUUUACAGAAGGUGAUGCAUCCUCACUUAUCUCCUGCAACAUGGAACUUUUGACUUGGCAAGAGGCAUUUGACACUUGUAAAAGUAAAGGUGGUUAUAUGCUUCCAUUUGAGACUGGUUUAGGACAAAAUAUAGACAAACUAACUUUAAAAAUGGAAACAGACGUAUGGACAGCCGAUUAUUUAACACCAGCUCAUUAUUUAAGACCAGCAGAUGACAAAAAUGUCAAAUAUUGCGGUUUUCACUACCUCAAUAGCACAUCGUAUGAAACCAAAGAAGUGUUUUAUGGAGAUUGUAAAGCUAACAGAAAUUAUUUUUGCAAAACUGAACAAGAUUUUUCUUGGGUGUUAGUUGUCUAUAAUAGUACUCGAGAAAAAGUCUACUGUAACUAUAUCGUUUGGACAAGUGACUUAAAAAACAUGCGAUCAAUAAUUAAACCAGGAUACUAUUGGAAUCAUCGGACGUUACUUGGCAAAGCUAGAGUAGCUAGAAAAGAUGCGGAUUACAUAAUAAUGCCAGACACAUUAUGUGGAGCCUAUAAAAGUUCCAUUGGAAUGUAUUAUGCAAAUUGUAAGGAGAAACGUAUCUCGUUAUGUUCACGCAAUGGCAAUGAGCGAAUGAAUAACAUUUGUUUCGAUGGGUAUACGACUAAGGUUAAUGAACACGCUACAAUCGUUACCAGAACACAACAAAAUGUUACAGUAAUCACCAAAACAACAGCAAAGUCGGUGACAAACAGCCAAGAACGAACAGACUACAAAUCAGAUACACCAACCAAACAACCAAUGACAGUACUCACUUCAGUCAAAGAUAAAGAAAACCUACAAAUGACACAUCCACAAGACAAAGAGCAAAGUUCAGAUAUUGGGAUCAAAGUUGGUGUACCGCUUGGAAUAAUAUUGCCUUUGACAUGUGGAGUUUUAAUCGCAAUUUACAUUUUUAGAAAAAGAAUACAAUGUUGGCAGUCUAGCAAACCAACACAUGAACAUGGACGUAUGAAUCAGUUGCACACUCAAAAAACUUCGCCAGUUCACGGUCACCUAAACGUUAACUUUGAAUAUAUUCAAGAUACUUCAAUAUCAUCAGAACACCACACAAACGAAAACAAUCUCACAGACAUAAGUUCACAGUAUGCUGUUGUUAAAAAACCUAAGACGGGCGAUUCAAAAUCCAGACAAGAAAAUUACUCGAAUAAAUCGUAUCAAAACGCAACGUAUGACGAAUAUGAUGUUGCAGGUAGGUUUCAAAAUAGUAGAUCUAAUCAGUCGGACAAUUUAUACAACCAUUUGGAAAGCGUGGACGAGUAUAAUUCGACAUCUUUCGUAAGGGAAGGAGAAUGUAACAAUUUGUACAACACAACAGGAGACCGCAAUCUCGUUGAAUCUGAUUACGACUCCACAACGCAGGUGAAUAACACAACAUUGCCUGAUGACGUUUACAAUCAUUUAUCUCAAGGUGACAACUACUAUGACUCUACAUCAACUACGAGAAAUAAAUGAUAGGGUUCAUUUGCUUAGAAAAUCAAGUGUUACAGAAAUUUAUUGUUCAAUAGAACUGCAUAUCAAAUACUAGAAUACUAGUUUUGUUGUAAGGUAAAUAAAUACAUGUAGUUUAUGUUGCAGCUGUCAUAAUUUUAUCUCUUUUGAUCGUCAGUGAUUAAUGAUACCAGUACUAAUAGUGAUGAACAUAGAACUGAUAUCCAGUACUUAAUUACGCUUAAAUGGAAAUCAGCAAAUGAAUUUUUUCCAUUUAUUGAAAUUAUUUUUCAAAACGCAUAGUAGAUAUGUGCAAAUCAAUUAUCAAUAUUUUUUCUCGCAAUUCAAGAUGCAUUUUUCCCUUUUAUAUAUAUUUUGUUUUUAUUAAAAUUGUAACUGAAAUAUAAAACA